AUUUUGAAUCUCCGAAGCCUUCUCUUCUUAAAAUAUUAAAAAGAAUAAAAAAAAAGCCCAAUACAAUUUUGCGUUAAGCAUCGAAAAAUCUUUCUCCCAAUUAGUCCUCCCUUCUAGUCUUCAUCUUCAUUAAACCCUCCCAUCCAAUAUAUACACCUCCCUCCAUUUCACAGAUAACUUCCUAAUUACCUUUCCUCCCCAUUUGAAGUCAUCUCUGUGUCAAUUUCAUUUAAAACGCACCACGGCUUCUCCCUCUCUCCCUCUGCAUCGCCACAAAUCCUUCACACUUUCGACCGCAACUAUUCCUUCCGGCAGAUCCCCCGCCUAACUCCUCAGAUCCAGGGAGAUCUCCGACCUGACGGCUGCGGGCGGCUGCGCCGGCGGGACUCUCUUCAGAUUCCUGCUUGUUUCCUUCCUAUCUGAUUAGCUCGGAGAUAUGGACAAUUUGAUCUCUCUAGUUAACAAGAUUCAGAGAGCUUGUACUGCUCUCGGUGAUCACGGCGAAGCUAGCGCGUUGCCUACUCUUUGGGACUCCUUGCCGGCUAUCGCCGUCGUCGGUGGCCAGAGUUCGGGGAAGUCGUCGGUGUUGGAGAGCGUAGUAGGGAAGGACUUCUUGCCUCGUGGAUCUGGGAUUGUUACUAGAAGACCUCUGGUGCUGCAGCUUCAUAAGCUUGAUGAAGGAAGCAGAGAAUAUGCUGAGUUCCUCCACCUGCCGAGGAAAAGGUUCACUGAUUUUGGUAAGAUUUUCGAACUCCCACAAGUUGGGAGUGAUGUUGUUAAUUGUGUGCGCAAUUGGUUUUAUUUACUCAUUGCAAAUCGUGCAGCUGCUGUGCGGAAAGAGAUUGCAGAUGAGACUGAUAGAGAGACAGGCCGCUCUAAACAAAUUUCUAGUGUUCCCAUCCAUCUCAGCAUAUAUUCUCCAAACGUUGUUAACCUUACGCUGAUUGAUCUUCCCGGGCUCACAAAAGUAGCAGUUGACGGUCAACCUGACAGUAUCGUGCAGGAUAUUGAGAACAUGGUCCGCUCUUUUAUUGAGAAGCCCAACUGUUUAAUUUUAGCAGUGUCACCUGCAAACCAAGAUCUUGCCACCUCGGAUGCUGUUAAAAUUUCCCGGGAGGUGGACCCUACAGGAGAGAGAACUUUUGGAGUUUUGACAAAGAUUGACCUCAUGGACAAGGGUACCGAUGCAUCUGAAAUAUUGGAAGGAAAAGCUUACCGGUUAAAAUUUCCUUGGGUUGGUGUUGUGAACCGUUCACAAGCUGACAUUAACAAGAACGUGGACAUGAUCGCUGCUCGGCGUAGAGAGCGCGAGUAUUUUGCAACCACCCCAGAGUACAAGCACCUUGCUAACAGAAUGGGUUCUGAGCACCUAGCAAAAAUGCUGUCCAAACAUUUAGAAGUUGUAAUCAAGUCCCGUAUCCCUGGCCUUCAGUCUCUUAUUAACAAGACAAUUGCUGAGCUUGAAGCUGAGCUUAGUCGCCUUGGAAAACCUAUUGCUACUGAUGCCGGAGGGAAGCUAUAUUCGAUCAUGGAGAUUUGCCGUCUUUUUGAUCAAAUAUACAAGGAGCAUCUGGACGGAGUUCGACCAGGAGGUGAAAAGGUGUACAAUGUAUUCGAUAACCAGCUUCCUGCUGCGCUGAAGAGGUUGCAAUUUGACAAGCAGCUUGCAAUGGAGAAUAUCCGCAAACUGAUCACUGAAGCUGAUGGGUACCAACCGCAUUUAAUAGCUCCCGAGCAGGGAUAUCGUCGUCUAAUUGAAUCUUCUUUGGUUACUAUCCGAGGUCCUGCUGAGGCAGCUGUUGAAGCGGUUCAUUCCAUAUUGAAGGAGCUGGUACAAAAAGCCAUCCUUGAGACUCUGGAGCUGAGGCAGUACCCUGGCCUCAGAGUAGAGCUUACAAACGCAGCUGCAGAAUCACUUGGCCGGAUGAAAGAAGAAAGCAAGAAAGCAACCCUAAAGCUGGUUGACAUGGAGUGUAGUUACCUGACUGUUGAUUUCUUCAGAAAGCUUCCCCAAGACAUUGACAAGGGUGGCAACCCUACUCAUUCCAUAUUCGACAGAUACAACGAUUCAUAUCUUAGACGAAUUGGCAGCACCGUUCUUUCCUAUGUGAAUAUGGUGUGUGCCACCUUACGUAACUCUAUUCCCAAGUCCAUCGUCUACUGCCAAGUCCGUGAGGCCAAACGAAGCCUCCUCGACCAUUUCUUCGCUGAGCUGGGAAAAAUGGAGCAAAAGCAAUUGUCCCAAUUGUUGAACGAAGACCCUGCGGUCAUGCAGCGCCGCAGCGACCUUGCAAAGAGAUUGGAGUUAUACAGGUCUGCACAGGCCGAGAUCGACGCAGUCGCUUGGGCGAAGUAAAGAUAUUUAGGUGAUGUCGUUGAUGAUCUCCUUCAAAUGCAGAAGAAUGGAAUAUGGUGUUUGGUAAUGUUGGGCUCAGAUAUUGUAGUAUUAGCUGAUGAGAUUUUCAUUUGUUUGCCAUUUGAUGAUUCAUUUUUCAUUAUGUAGUUCUCCUCCCGUGAGCUAUGGAGACUUCCCUUCUCUUUGAUGUGGCUGGCUUUAGUAGCAUAGGGAUUCAUAUUGUAAUACGAAUUGACGGAUGCAGAAAGAGCCUGUCUAUAAUGGCUGUUUUGCCGAGCUAUGUGCUGCACUGUUAUGAUUGGAGCUGCUCUGCGUGAUGAUGCCGGUUUCUUUCUUGGUAGUCUGGUUUGGUCUAGUAGAUAUUUCAUUUCUUCCAUUACAUCAUGUAGACAUGGGCUUUUGGAAGGCGGAACAGGCAUUGGAACGGUUACCUGGAAGCCCAGUCAGAAGCCGAGCGUUCUGGGCUAUUGAACUGGGCCCAGUAAGCCCGUUGCACUGGGCCGAUGUUAGUCGAACCAAAAGGAUGUCUCUCAGAUUCUAAAAUGCAUUUACCGUUAC